UUCGUCUGCCUCCCAUCUUCUUCAUUCAUUCAAAUCGCAGCUUCUUCUUCUCGUUCGACCAUGUCCCGCUGUUCUGUAGCAAGUAAUCGCAGCAAAGCUUCCUCCGUCCAUGGAGAAUGCAGAUGUGGUCUGGAUGCACCUUUGAUGACUUCAUGGACAGAUGCUAACCCAGGACGCCGUUUUUAUGGGUGUGGGAUGUACAAGAUCCAAGGGUCCAAACGAUGCAACCAUUUUGUUUGGUAUGAUGAAGAGAUGGGAGCAAGAGCAAAGGAUAUGAUCUCUUCACUAAAUCAGAGACUGAUAAGUGCAAAGGUGACCAUUGAAGAAGGGAAGAAAGCAGAAGAUGAGUUGAAUAAGCAGAUUAAGGAUUUGAAGAUGAAGAUAAAGAAUUUGAAGAUUUUGAUUGUUGUUAUUCUUGUGUGCAGUGUUGGUAGCAUUAGUAUUAGGUUGUUGUAAUUUCAAUACCAAAUUUGUAUGAGGAAGAGUAUUGUAGUAUUAGGUUCUUGUGUUAGAAGUUAUCUGUUAUUGCAAAGUGAAUGUUAUCUGUUAUUAGGAAGAGUAUUGUAGUAUUAGGUUCUUGUAUGAGGAA